AUGCACUGCACAUCACUUAAAUCUGUUGAAAUCCCAUCGCACAUGACAACUCUUUACGAAUUGAUGUUCCACAACACAGGUUUGGAAGAAUUCGUUGUUCCAGACCAAGUAACAUCAAUUGGCAAAUAUUGCUUCGAAGCUUGCAAGAAACUGAAGAAGUUAGUGCUCGGAAAGGGAAUCAUUUCGUUGGGAAAAGAUCUCACAUUCUUCGUUGAUGAUAACUUAACACUUGAAUUAAGUAAGAACGUGAGAUACAUCGAUCCAGAAGCUUUCAUUUUCGCAAACAACGUCAAUGUUGUCAUUGACAGCGAAAAUCCAUAUUAUUUCAUUGAAAGAAAUGCUGUCAUCGAAAGAUCAUCAAAGACAUUGAUUACAACAUUUGGAAAGUUGCCAGAGAUAUACAGAGUUCCUUCUUCAGUCGAAAUUGUUGCGGAAGAUGCAAUCAAAUACAUAAAUGAUUACUUCAAGACAAAGGAAUUCAGGAAAUUCUCAAACGAAAGACCUGCAAUGAUUGUAAUUUUGCCAGAAACAAUCAAAGAAUUCAAGAAUCCAACUAACUUGUGGACAACAAUUACAGUAUGCUAUGAAGGUGAAUACUUCCAGUCCACAAAGAUCACAAACAUUCCAAAUAAAUACGCUGACAAGAAGAAAUAUUUGAAUCCUUCGAUGUUUGGAGAAAACGUGAAUUAUGAUUGCUCCCAGAAAUUACCAGAUAACUGGAGACACGUCAUUGGAAGGACAUCGUUGGAAAAGAGUCUGAUCAUUUCUGCCAGCGUUCUUGCUGGCUUAGCAGUUGCUGCAAUUAUUGCUUGCAUCAUUCUUUAUACGUUGAAAUCUCGAACUCACUAA